AGCGGCGGCGGAGGAACCUGACACGCACCGGCCCCACUCCCGCCCCAGUCGAAGCCGAAGCUGCAGCCGGCGCCGGGCGGGGGCCAUGGGCACCCCGCGCGGCCCGGGUCAUGAGGACGGAGGCGGAGGCAGCGGGGCCGCCGCUCGAGCCCGGAGACUUUGUGCAGCUGCCCGUGCCCAUCAUCCAGCAGCUCUACCACUGGGACUGCGGCCUGGCCUGCUCCAAAAUGGUGCUGCGGUACCUGGGCCAGCUGGACGACAAUGAGUUUGAGAGUGCCCUGCAGGAGCUGCGACUAACCAGGAGCAUCUGGACCAUUGACCUGGCUUACCUAAUGCGCCACUUUGGCGUGAGGCACCGUUUCUGCACACAGACCCUGGGCGUUGACAAGGGCUACAAGAACCAGUCCUUCUACAGAAAGCACUUUGACACAGAGGAGACCCGGGUGAACCAGCUGUUUGCACAAGCCAAGGCCUGCAAGGUGCUGGUGGAAAAAUGCACAGUGAGCGUGCAGGAUAUCCAGGAGCACCUGGCACAGGGCCACGUGGCCAUUGUGCUGGUGAACUCUGGGGUGUUGCACUGCGACCUCUGCUCCAGUCCUGUCAAGUACUGCUGCUUCGCCCCCAGCGGCCACCGCUGCUUCUGCCGGACCCCUGACUACCAGGGCCACUUCAUUGUUCUGCGUGGCUACAACCGCGCCACUGGCUGCAUCUUCUACAACAACCCAGCCUAUGCUGACCCAGGAAUGUGCAGCACCAGCAUCAGUAACUUCGAGGAGGCCAGAACCAGUUAUGGCACAGAUGAGGACAUCCUCUUUGUCUACUUGGACAGCUGACGGCGGGAGCCUGGUGUGCCCAGGCCCUCACACCCCACCCUGCCACACCCCAGUCAGGCCCACUCAGGAGGCCUUGGCACAGGCCCCGAGUUGCUAGGGCUUGGAUGCAGAACUGCAUCCAGCCUUGGCCCAUGUGACAAAGCCCCAGGGAAUUCUUGGAGCCCAAGGCGUGACUGCUUUGUCCACCAGCGUUGCGCGUGUCAUCAUGCCACUUAACCCUGCACACCUGCUGGUUGCUGGAGGCCUCCGCAGAGCAUCUGAGUAGAGCCUCCCCUGGGACCCCAGGCCCGACUCCAACCACGCCCAGGGGACUUCCAGCCCCGUGGGUGCCUUUGUUGCCUGCAAACCAGACCCAGGUGGAGAAGGCUGAGCUCGUCUCCCCACAGACCUGGGGGCUGAGCCCUGGAGAUGCCGCUUGUCAGGAUGGCAUCUGUGUGUUUGGAGACCAUGUAGCCAACCCCAACUCCCAGGGCUGCGGACUGCUCCAGGCCUUGCUGGGAACUGCCCUCCCCCCUGUCCCCCCCAGAAGUGCUAUAGACCUCCCUGUGCCCUUUGGUGAAUGCCACCACUCUCUCACGCCUCCCCGUGGACCCAAGUUCCUGUGGCUGGUUGUCAGACCUCUGGGCCCUGAGGAGGGCUGGGCCUCAAGCCAAAAGGACCCUGAACCCUACCCCUCACCCUGCACCCUCCAGGUACUA